GUGUCAGGGAUGCAGUCAAGGCCUCUCUGAAAUCUGAAAACAUGUCGUUGCUACUUUUUUUCCGAUUUCGCUCGGAUUACGCUCGGAUCACGUCUCGAAAUUGUCAGUGAAGUAGACAUCAGAUUAUUUAUGUGAUCCACGUGCGGACAUUUUGCGGAGCUUGGCGCAGAAGAGUACGGGACGUCUGUGUGAUAGAGAUUCGUGAGAAGGGUUCAGUUUUCUUGUCACAUGGUUCGUCCAGAUGUGCGCGAGCAAUUUUGCCCUGAAGAUUAAAUGCUUGCCUGCUGUUUAUGGGGCAACGAUGUUUCAGGUGGAGCGCUGGCUGGGAGGAGAAAGUCGGAAGCAUGGUUCUCCAUUACUAUUAGAUCGUUUGAAUGCCAGAGCUCGGGAGCGGGCUGCUCUGCUUCCGCUUAGAGAGAAAGCGGAAGGUUCUUCUCCAGGUAACAGGGAGAAAGUCUCGAACAAGGAUUCUGAUCCUGCACUGAGUAGAGAUGAAAGUAAGGAGGGAGCCUCAGAGGUUGUGGUUGAGGAAGAAUCUAAUGCAGUGAGCGAAAUUGAACCUCAUACUAGGCGCAAAAAGCGAUAGCAACAUCAGAAACACAAGGCAGAAUUGGCAACCUUGAUUGACCACGAAGCUCCUGAUUCUGCUGUAAAGGUCAAAAAGCUCAAGAAGCUGAAAGUCUCGGAUACGACUGAAGAACAUGUAUUUCCUCUGGAAGCUCCUGCUUCUCCUGGAACGGAAGAACAGGAAAGGAAGGUGAACGAUACUUUAACAAGUGAAGAUAAUAUAGAGCGAGCGGAAGAGAAUUAUGCAGCCGACAUCGACAGAAGUGUCCCGGAGCUGGUUGAAUUUCAAGUGUCCAAAUUGGAGAAGAAACGAAAGAAAGAAAAGAGGUUGAAGAUUCGAAGAUGGGGCAAUCUGGAACCAGGUGAUGAGCUCGUUAACGCAAGAGGCGUAUCUGGAGAAAUGGUGGCCCUUGGAAACAGAUCAAUGAAGAGGAGCCUAACAGUAAGUCCCUAGGGGUUCCGGAUGAGGAGGAGGAGCAUGUAAUUACAGAGAACACUGACGAGUUGAACGCACUCGGAGCGGACGAUACUUCUCGGAAUGAACCUGAAUUUCCACAAUUGAGAGGGAUGUGGAUAGAAUCAUGGGUCGUGAUGUUAUUUUGGUUCUAGCAGAGUCGCAAGACCACGGGCCGGUGUUGCCAUGGAUGCGUGAUCCGCUUGAUAUUGAUACCUACAAGGCCACCUCCCUGAGACAAGUGCCUGGCUUGGACACCAUGUAGCCUUGCCGUCCGUCCGUUUGUAAUCAUCUUCUAUCUGCCCAGCACUUGAAGUUUGUCUCGAUGUCCAGCCGAUGAUUCUUGGUGCGUUUCGAGUUACAUUGCAGACUUCAAGAUGCUUUCGAAGGCAGGAAUACAGUCGUUGUUUCCAGUACAGAUGGCCGUGUGUCACGAGACUGUGGGCCCUGGUUUAAGCGAGCGAGACGUCUGUGUCAGCUCGCCAACAGGGAGUGGCAAAACACUAUCUUACGCAUUACCCAUCGUCCAAAAGGUAUCGUCUCGGGUGAUUCGUCUUCUUCGAGUUCUCGUAGUGCUCCCGACCAGGGAUCUAGCUGCGCAGGUGAGCAGUCUUUGACACCAUCGCACCAGCAGUUGGUCUCUCAGUGGGACUAUCUGUGGGACAAACGUCAAUUGUAGCUGAAGCGGCUGAAUUGGUUCAGAUUCGUAAGUCGAUGGUCCACAGUUUUGGAAAAUUUGAGGCUGCAACUCCCGACCUUGCCGAAAACCAGGAUGACAUACUUGUUGCAACUCCAGGGCGCUUGAUGGACCAUAUUCGAAAUACGAAAGGGUUCACUCUUCAGCACCUACAAUUUCUCGUGAGUUUUUUGCGUGGUGAAAGAGGAAAUAGAGGCACUGCACUCCCACGAUUGAUGAAGAUGGUGUUAUCGGCUACCUUGACGAGAGAUCCAGCAAAAAUUGCACAACUUGGUCUUCUCUGCCCCAUAUAUGUGGCGCCUGGUGCUGCUGGCAACCGGUAUCAACUACCAGAACAACUUAAGUCUUACAGGAUGGUCUGCAAACCGGGAGAGAAGCCCUUCUAUUUGGUAGCACUCUUACAACAGCUUUGCAGCCAAACAACCAUUGUUUUCACUGCUUCUGUAGUGGCUACUCAUCGACUAUAUACUCUGCUAAAAUGCUACUAAGGAUUGUCAAGGUGGUUGAGUACUCAAGCUUGCAGCAUCAACAACCCCGCAGUAAAGCGUUGGCAAAAUUCCGGAAUGGCCAGGCACAAGUGCUCAUUGCCUCAGAUGCGAUGACAAGGGGUAUGGAUGUGGAAGGUGUUGCAAACGUUGUCAAUUAUGAUAUGCCUGUGUACGCAAAGACCUACGUCCAUCGUGUUGGGCGCACUGCUCGAGCCGGACAGCCCGGGAGGUCUUAUACUCUUCUUCGGAAGGAGGAGGUACGACACUUCAAACAGAUGUUGAAGAAAGUCGACAAUUGCAAGUGCAAGGAUUAUUCACUGCCGUCAUCUGUCACCGAAGAGCUUUAUGAGUCUUACACUGAAGCUCUGCAGAAACUGAAGCAGAUAACAGCAGACGAGGCAGCAUGAAUUUCACAUGGCAGUCGGACGCAGACAGAAGGGGAAAAUAUAGUUACUGGGCCGGAAGAGCUUUUUAUACGACCACGAGAUAUCACUCAGCGUUUGGAGUACGAUGAUCUACAUAUCCCUAGGUUCUGUCCAAUUGAAGAAACACUGUGUGAACAAAACAAAGAGCUGGUUGCUGAUCGGAUUCAUAUCAGUACUUUCAUUGUGCAAGCCUAGUCCAGGAUUAUAAUAAUACGGUUUCGUUUCCACUUUAAUUCACUUGUGAGUCGAGUUGCUGGGUUCCUGAGGAAGGUUCCGGGAGGUUCCCCUUCAUGUUUUCUAGUUCGCAGCUUAGUCCCGAACGACCGCAUGUAGGAGAAAAUUGCCACACCCACUUUGGUUGGCGGCGUCUGUUUGUGAUGUCAGCUGCGCCAGAUUUCUUCAGUAAAGUUUACAUUGACUGUGAAGAUUAUUUCCCAUGGAGU